AUGGCCGACAAUACUCCCUCAAGCAGCACCGCUGCUCCUCCCGCGGCAUCAACAUCGUCGCAACCCUCCUCGUCAUGGUCGUCCGAAUACCGCCCCAACCCAGCCUACAGCUUCCCGCCCGCCGCCCAACCCGAAAUCGUCCGCGCCUACCAGAAGGACACGUACUACAAAGACCUCUUCACCUCGCAAGUCUCGGACGUCAUCCGCUCGCUCUUCGGUACCCGCGUCCAGCACUCGCACACAUCCUCCAUCUCGCUCGUCGGCGCUUUGGGGUACUACCUGCUGUCGACAUCCUCGAUACCGGGCAUGGGCGAUGGACGCGGGGGUCAGACGUUGGGUGAGGAGUACGUCAAUGCGAUCCCGUCCAACGCGAAGACGGGGCGGAUUGUGAGUGUGACUCGCCGACUAGGGUGGGUGUUGUUGCAUGUGCUGGGACCGUACUCCCUCACGAAAGCCUAUGCUGCUCUGCGUCGAUGGGCGGUACGAAGCAAGGAGAGGAUGGAUCAAGCCGAAUCGAGAGCAAGAUCCCGCGCCCGUGCAUUGGAUAAACCCUUCGAUCCAACCCCACACACCACCCGCCAUCGUCGUCUGGUCAACUGGCUAGCACGCACCCUACCCGCACUGGAAAGCCUCCAAUCCGCCGACGGUUGGCUCGCCUAUCUUUCCGCAGCCCAUCUGAUGCUCUUUUAUCUGGGAGGCAAGUUUUAUUCGGCCGCCCAGCGUGUGGUGGGCGUGACGUAUAUCAGUACGUAUCCGAAGCGACAGGGGUAUCAACCGCCGAGCUAUGAGGUGUUGGGUGUGCUGUUGGGAGUGCAGCUGGUGGUCAAGCUCAUCGGUGAAUUGCGGUCGAGACGAUCGAAGACGGGUCAGGGGAAGGAGGAGGAGGAGAUCGUCUCGGACGAGACCUCCACCGUUGUCAUCGAUUCAAAGGUCUUCUCUCACGCCUCACAACCACCCAAACCCCUCCCCACCUCAUCUCCAUCUCGGGACGAGGGAAUUGUAGAGCUGCUCUACCCACACGAACCCGAAACGGACGGGGAGAAGGAAAACAACGACGUAGCAGUGGCGAAACUCAACACCUCCUCCGCAGCCAGCAACGCAACCGCCACCCUCCAAUGCACCCUAUGCAUGGACCAGCGAACUCCCCAUCGUGGGACUAGCGCUGUGACGGAAUGCGGCCAUUGCUUCGAUUGGAGCUGCAUCACCGCUUGGAUCGCCGAGAAACCAGAAUGCCCGUUGUGCAGACAACCGCUCCAGUUGAAUCGCGUGCUACCGCUGUACAACUUUUGA